CCCCCCCCCCCUCCCCGCCGGCUUAUCUGCUCCUCACCCCGCUAGCUAUUACCCCCUCCGCUGCCCCGCACGACACCUCCUGCCGCACUCUUCUGCUCCCGUUGGCUUCUUCUCUUCCUCGCUGCUCCCUCAGAUCACCCGCUUCUUGUGCCGAGCUCUGCUCUACUACGCAGAGCGAUGAACAUCUUGAACCAGCCCAUCAACCCCGGCGGCCACCCGGUGUUCCCAGCGGCCAAGGACAGCGGCCAGCUGAUGCCGGCCUCGGUGCGCUUCGACGGCGUGCCGGCGCAGCCGAGCACGGCGGCCGCGGGGUGGUCCCACGCGCACUCCCCAAGGUGGCAGGCGCAGACGCUGCGCCGGGCCAGCAGCUACGUCGGCAUCGAGCGCGACGGGGCCACCGCCGUCCCAGCCGCUGCCCCUGCGCCGCCGUUCAAGCCGCUCACGCUCGACUUCCUGCGGUCGCUCCUGGACAGGGACGGCGGCGUGAGCUCCGUCGCGGAAGCCGAGGGCGGCGCCGCGCCGCCAGCACCUCCGCCGCAGCUGCUCGCGCUGAGGGUGGUCGUGACCUCCGCAGUGGAGCUGGAGGCGCCCCAGACCGAGCUCAUCGCGCGCAAGAUGCGCCGGAUAACCGGGUUUGUGAACCUCACGGUUGAGAACGUCGUGGACCCGUCGCUGAUCGCCGGCUUCAUCAUCUGCUACGGCACCGGUGACUCUCACGUCAUCGACCUCAGCGUCAAGGGCCAGCUUGCCGCGCUCAAGAACCGCGUCGACUCCAUCGACCAGAGCGCCCACGCCCUCGGAAAUCUACACCACUGAUCGAACGCCUGGUGAAUUCAAGCGAAGCGCGCCAUCGCUACACUGUGCUAUGCACGACAAUAGCACUGCCCCCAUGAUCAUGGAACUAUAUAUAGAACCAAACGCCAUGCCAACAACAGUUUUCCUUUGUAAUGUUGUUGUAAAUCGCGAGAAACAAGCCACAUAGCUUCAGCUGAGCAUAUAUAUAAGUCUGUAUUGCUACUUCUUGUUGUAUAUGAUCGAUGCGGAAACAGCAGCUUUUGCGGUGUAAUAUUCAGUAGUAAAGUUGCAGUUUGUAUGCGAGGUUCAGGGUUGAAACUCUGUAAUGUAAGAGCAGAGUCUAAUGACAUGAGAAAACUAGCUACAUGUUACUGUUUUUGUGACGACUAA